CGCUGCCUGGCAACAGCGCGGGCUGAGAGAGCUGCUAACGAGCUAACCGCUGCUGCUCCAGCCGUCAUGGCCAUGCACGCCAAGGCCACGCCGCCGCAGAUCCCCGACACGCGGCGGGAGCUGGCCGAGCUGGUGAAGAGGAAGCAGGAGCUCGCGGAGACUCUGGUGAACCUGGAAAGGCAGAUCUACGCGUUUGAAGGCAGCUACCUUGAGGACACUCAGAUGUACGGAAACAUCAUCAGAGGAUGGGACCGAUACCUCACCAACCAGAAGAACUCCAACAGCAAGACUGACAGAAGGAAUCGGAAGUUCAAGGAAGCGGAGCGUUUAUUCAGCAAGUCCUCCGUCACAUCCGUUGCUGCCGUGUGUGCUCUCGGAGGGAUUCCAGACCACAUGAAUGAAAAGCGUGAGGCUGGCAGCGGCACAGAGAGCGACGCCUCUCCGGAUCUUCAGAACCAGGAGAACGAGCCCAGCCAGGAGGACACGGAGGACGUGGACUCGUCGCUGCAGGACCUGAAGCCUCAGAAGGCCGCCUCCUCGUCCUCCUCGGGCAGCCAUCACGGGAGUCACAAGAAGAGGAAGAACAAGAACAGACACAGCCCUUCUGCCAUGUUUGAUUAUGACUUUGAGUUUGACAUGAAGGUGAACAAGAAGCCCAGAGCUGAUUAUUCUACUUAAGCCCCUCCUCAGGACCUGGACUCUGGAGGACUCGCGUAGACCAGCAUCUCUGGCUCCAUGAACUCUGUCUGCCUUCUUGUCGUCGCUCCGUUUGGUUGACACAUUCCCCUCCAUCCCGCCGUCUGUCCUGGUUCCACUUGACCACAGGACACCUGCGCCCUGAUUGGUCAGCCCCCAGUGACAUCAUCGUGUAUAGUGUUCAAACAUCUGUAUUUAUUGUAGCUGAUUUUCAUGUUUUCCUUUCUGAUUUUUUUUUUUUAAACCUUUUUUUUUUUUUU